GUUGGUGUCUGUCGAGUUUACUAUAUAUGGGCAAAGACAGUCAAUCUGAGUGCAGGCUUCCGUGUUUGUGAGAAGCUAGACCAGCCGGUAGCGGGGACGCAAGGAACAGGGAGGCUUGUUCUUCAUUCAUUUGGUGGAAUUUAUAAAAGUCUGCGAGAAUGUCAUACGAAUUAAAGAAAGUGUUUGCCAGCCUCCCUCAGGUGGAAAGAGGCGUUUCAAAGAUCCUUGGAGGUGAUCCCAAGGGAAAAAACUUCAUCUACACCAAUGGAAAGAGCGUCACCAUCAGAAAUAUUGAUAAUCCUGCUAUUGCAGACAUCUACACUGAACAUGCUCAUCAAGUGACUGUUGCAAAAUAUGCACCUAGUGGAUUUUACAUUGCAUCUGGAGAUAUCUCGGGGAAGGUUCGGAUCUGGGAUACCACUCAGAAGGAACACAUUCUGAAGUAUGAGUAUCAGCCCUUUUCAGGAAAGAUUAAAGACAUUGCUUGGACUGAAGAUAGCAAGAGAUUAGCUAUUGUUGGAGAAGGACGGGAAAAAUUUGGAGCAGUUAUUUUGUGGGAUACGGGUUCAUCUGUUGGGGAGAUCACUGGUCAUAACAAGAUCAUCAACAGCGUGGAUAUAAAGCAGACAAGGCCCUAUCGGCUUGUUACUGGAAGUGAUGACAACUGUGCUGCGUUCUUCGAGGGGCCACCUUUUAAAUUCAAGUUUACAAUGGCAGACCAUAGCCGAUUUGUUAAUUGUGUACGAUUUUCUCCUGAUGGAAACCGGUGUGCUUCAGCUGGUGCAGAUGGCCAGAUCUUCCUCUAUGAUGGAAAAACGGGAGAGAAGCUGGCAGCACUUGGUGGUGGCAAAGCCCACGAUGGUGGAAUAUAUGCUGUGAGUGUUGGAAAUUGUUUUAAUUUUAUGUUGAGCCUGGGUGAUGCUGAACCUGUGUACCACUCUGUUUUGUUAAGGGGUCACAGUAAAUCAAUUCAAUCUUUGACCAUUCACAAGAACAAUGGAAGAUCCUACAUCUACUCUGGAAGUCAUGAUGGCCAUAUUAAUUACUGGGAUGCAGAAACUGGAGAGAAUGAUGACUUUUCUGGAAAGGGUCACAGCAACCUUGUUUCCAAGAUGGCUGUAGAUGAGUCAAACCACUUAGUCACCUGUAGCAUGGAUGAUACUGUACGUUUUACCAGUGUGACCAAGAAAGAAUACAGUGCAUCUGACAUUGUAAAGAUGGACGUUCAGCCCAAGUGUGUGUCUGUUGGACCAGGAGGAUACGCUUUGGCUGUUUGUAUUGGACAGCUUGUUUUGAUAAAGGACAAGAAGAAAUGUUUUACUAUGGACAACCUUGGUUAUGAGCCUGAAGCUGGUGCUAUUCAUCCAGGAGGUACCACAGUGGCUAUAGGAGGAGCUGAUGGAAAAGUACACUUCUAUUCCAUUCAAGGAAACACUCUAAAGGAAGAUGGCAAGGUCAUAGAAGCUAAGGGGCCAGUGACUGACAUGGCCUACUCCAAUGAUGGUGCCUUCCUUGCUGUUUCUGAUGCACAGAAAGUUAUUACAGUUUUCACUGUGGCGGAUGGAUACGCGGAAAAGAAUGCUUUCUAUGGGCACCAUGCCAAGGUGGUCUGUUUGGCUUGGUCACCAGACAAUGAGCGUUUUGCUAGUGGAGGCAUGGACAUGAUGGUCUUCAUCUGGACCGUGAAUGAUGCAGACAAAAGACUGAAGAUUCCAGAUGCCCAUCGGCUGCAUCAUGUCAGCGGGUUGGCAUGGUUGGAUGAGCACACCCUUGUGACCACAUCGCAUGACUGCAGCGUCAAGCAGUGGACUGUCAAAUUCUGAUGAGUGCACAGAGAUCUUCAGGGAUUAGAACUACUGUAGAAGAUGGCACUUCUCUAUGUCUGUAUUGACCGCUGGUUUCUAUAUCAUAACCCUGAAUCAUGGCAGGGAGUUCAUAUCUAAAUAUGCUGUAUUUUUAAAGCUUUAGUUGGUAACUAUUUGCACGAAGAAGCACUUAACAUGAUCUCUGGAGCUAUUAAAACUUCUUUGCUCAACAUUCCAGAGGCAACAGCCGUAUCUCAGUUCAAUUGACGAUCAGUCUGUUCACUUCUGUUCUAGCAGAGAUGUUUGUUAACAUUGUAUGGAAUGGGAUUAACUUUUGCCUCGUUGUGUGACUACAGAACAUUUCUGUAACAUUGAGAAUCGUAAUUUUGAAAGGAAAUAAGCAGAUUAAAAGUAUAUGAUCAAAAUACUGUCUAUACAUUGCAGAGCCUGUAUUGUGGAUUAAUCUUCUCCUGUAUCUCACUUUUUAACACAUUUUUGCCGCUGUUGGUGUUAUUGGCUAAUAAAAUACAUUUUUAUACAUUCA